AUGGCUCCGGUUGAACACAUCAAACUCACGCGCAUCGUCUCCCUCGUUCUGCGCGACUUAUACUCCAUCCGCCCACCAAAUCUCUCUCUACGCCUCGAACUGUCUUCAAAGUACACAUCAGACCUCCACACUUGGCGUGGCUCGCUAUCCCGCUUCCUCAACGACGAAGAAGGCCGCGGCAUCGACUCGCACUUAUUAAUCCCCAUCUACCAACGACAACGCUCCGUCCUAAACCUCGCGUACUACCACGCCAUGCUACUUAUCCACCGACCCUUCCUCCUCUCCAACUUCGCAAGUCUAGCCCACAUGCCCACGCACUCGACCUUCGCCCCCAACGCCUCCAUCGACACAUCGGAAAACAUAGCCUCCUGCCUCGAAGCCGCCAUGUCCAUCGUCCGCGUUGUCGACGACGUCUUCACAUCCUCCAACCUCUUCCGCUCGUUCUGGUUCACGCAAUACUACGCCUUCUGCGCCGUCGUUGUGCUCUACAUAUACCGCAUCCAGCAACACCUCGUCACGCCCGGAAAGUGCGAGGGCUACUUCGCCGCGGGCCAAAAGUGCCAGCGCCAGCUCGAAAGUGUCAGCGAGACGGACUGCCUCGCGCGUCGCUACUGUCUUGUUCUCGAGGAAUUGAGGCUGGAAGCUGCAAGGCCGACGAGUGCGCCGAGCCCGUUCUCGACGGAUCCCGCGGCAUUGCAGGCGGAGAAUGAAGCGACUACGACGCCGAAUUCGACAGCGCAGUAUUUCAACAGUGGCGGAAGUAUGCCGACGCCGGAUAGUGCGGUGUUCAAUUCGAGCUUUUUGCCGAAUAGUAGUAUCAUGGCGGACUUGACGAGUUGGGGCCAGUUUGACAGUCUUGUCACGGCGGGGAUUGGGCUGUUUGAUGGCGCGGGCAUGCAGGGUGAUGGGGGGUUCGGAUUCGGGUUCGGAUUAUGA